UUAAAAUGGUUUGUCAGUCUCAGUCUCAAGCGUUUACAUUCACACCUUAUGACCUGUAACUCCACUUCGGGGACAUCUGUCUGAAGACCAGCCCAGAGCUGCCGGCGAAGACGAGUCCAAGAACAGUCAGCAACGUGCGGCUGGCAAUUACAAAAAUGCUGGAAAUAAAGUGAACGGUCAGUAAACCAAGGCCUGGUGAGUCAGGGCACCUCCCACAGGAAGCGUUCUCCAGCCUUUCAAAAGGUGAACAGUUUUAGAGCUUUCAGCAGCCUGGAAUGGGUCUAAGUGGGGAAAGGCUGCAGGGCUAUACGUGUAUGUGUAUGCACACGUGCGUAUACGUAUGUACACCUGGCAUGUUCUUAGUUGUGUUUUUAAAUAUGUUAAACGUAAGGAACAUGUUUUAAAUAUAGACACACACAUGUAUACAUUUAUAAGUUCCAGAGGGACUCAUAAGGGAUGCUAACUAGGGUUGCUUCUGGUUGUGGGAGUAUGGGCGCUUUUGUUUGCUUUUUCAAAUUCCUUUCCAUGUUGCAAAUUUCCUACACUGCAUGCACCUCACUCCUGUAGCGAGAGGUGCUGUGGGGAAGCCCAAGCCAGGUCUCCUGUCUGCAGCCCCUGCUGGGGUCCUGGCUCACAGCCAGCAUCAACUGCCAAACGUGCGGGUGCACGUGGCUUCUGAGCCCACCGCCCACCCCCCGCCUUCCUGCUGUUCCAGCCAAAUUACAGAUUCAUGAGCAAACUAAGUGUUGAAGUUGUAUUAAACCAAAAGAAGAAGAAAAGGCAAAAAGCAUAUCCAACACUACAGAAACAGUCUCUCUGGGAAGAUGUGAAGGAGAACUCCCAGUGACAAGGAGGGUACUUGGGAGAGAGCAGAAGUUUAGGGCUGGGAGGGCCUCAGGGAGCCAGAGCUGGGAAGGGCCAUCAUGGGCACGGCCAGGUCCAGGGGCAGGCCAGGAGCUGCGGUGCAAGUAGGCCUCCAGAGGGACCUGUGCCUGCAUGCUGCCAAUCCCCCUGUGCAUCCCCCCAGGCCCCUUUAGGAGGUCUGAGUCAGUUACUGCACUGUGCACGGUGGAGGCACUGAGUCGAGAGUUCCUGUAAUCAUCAAAUGGCUGACAUGGCGUCGGAGAGAAGGAGCCCACCGGGAUGGCCACCAGGCCACAGGCGGGAUCCGAAAGCCACCAGAGUUUGGGCCUGGAUGGUUCGAGGCCCGGCAGUAGGACUGACCUCUUCCUUCCUGCCGCAGCUGCCCCAGAGGCCUGGCAGGGGCUCCACGGGGGGCUCGGCCGUCCUGGCCCCCAGCCCGUGGGUGGAGAGGAUGGCGCCUGAGAUGCGCCUGGGGCUCUCAUUGCAGACGGUGGAGCAUGGCUUCCCGCACCAGCCCAGCGCCCUCGGCUUCAGCCCCUGCCUGUGCAUCCUGGCCAUCGGCACCCGCUCCGGAGCCGUCAAGCUCUACGGGGCCCCUGGAGUGGAGUUCAUGGGCCUGCACCGGGAGAACAAUGCUGUGGUGCAGAUCCACUUCCUGCCUGGCCAGUGCCAGCUGAUCACCCUGCUGGAUGACAACAGCCUGCACCUCUGGAGCCUGAAGGUCAAGGGCGGGGUGUCGGAGCUGCAGGAAGAGGAGAGCUUCACAUUGCGGGGUCCCCCAGGGGCUGCCCCCAGUGCCACCCAGGUGACCGUGGUCCUGCCGCACUCCUCCCGCGAGCUGCUCUACCUGGGCACUGAGAGCGGCAGCGUGUUCGCAGUGCAGCUGCCGGCGUUCCGCGUGCUGGACAACCGGACCAUCAGCUCGGAUGCCGUGCUGCAGCGGUUGCCAGAGGAGGCCCGGCACCGGCGGGUGUUUGAGAUGGUGGAGGCCCUGCAGGAGCACCCUCGAGACCCCAACCGGAUCCUGAUCGGCUACAGCCGGGGCCUCCUCGUCCUCUGGGACCUGCAGGCUGGCUGUGUGCUUGACCAUUUCCUCAGCAGCCAGCAACUGGAGAACGUCUGCUGGCAGCGGGAUGGCCGUCUGAUCGUCAGCUGCCACUCCGACGGCAGCUACUGCCAGUGGCCCGUGUCGGGCGACACCCAGCACCCGGAACCCCUGCCCAGCUGCGUGCCUUACGGUCCCUUUCCUUGCAAAGCUAUUACCAAAAUCUUCUGGCUGACCACCCGGAAGGGGUUGCCCUUCACCAUCUUCCAGGGCGGCAUGCCCCGGGCCAGCUUCGGGGACCGCCACUGCAUCUCGGUGGCCCACGAUGGCCAGCAGACCGCCUUCGACUUCACCUCCCGAGUCAUCGACUUCACGGUCCUCGCCGAGGCAGACCCCGCGGCUGCCUUUGAUGACCCCUACGCCCUGGUGGUGCUGGCCGAGGAGGAGCUGGUGGUGAUCGACCUGAGGGCGGCCGGCUGGCCGCUGGUGCCACCCCCCUACCUCGCCUCCCUGCACUGCUCGGCCAUCACCUGCUCCCACCACGUCUCCAACAUCCCCCUGAAGCUGUGGGAGCGGAUCAUCGCCGCCGGCAGCCGGCAGAAUGCGCACUUCUCCAGCAUGGAGUGGCCCAUCGACGGGGGCACCAGCCUGGCCCCCGCCCCGCCCCAGCGGGACCUGCUGCUCACGGGGCACGAGGACGGCUCGGUGCGCUUCUGGGACGCCUCAGGCGUCUGCCUGCGGCUGCUCUACAGGCUCAGCACGGUCCGGGUGUUCCUCACCGACACGGACCCCAGUGGGAGCCUCCACGCCCAGGGCGAGGACGAGUGGCCCCCCCUGCGCAAGGUGGGCUCCUUCGACCCCUACAGCGACGACCCCCGGCUGGGCAUCCAGAAGAUUUUCCUCUGCAAAUACAGCGGCUACCUGGCUGUGGCUGGCACGGCGGGACAGGUGCUGGUGCUGGAGCUGAACGACGAGGAGGCGCAGCAGGUGGUGGAGCAGGUGGAGGCCGACCUGCUGCAGGACCAGGAGGGCUACCGCUGGAAGGGCCACGAGCGCCUGUGCGCCCGCCCGGGGCCCGUGCACUUUGAGCCCGGCUUCCAGCCCUUCGUGCUGGUGCAGUGCCAGCCCCCGGCCGUGGUCACCUCCCUGGCCCUGCACUCCGAGUGGCGGCUCGUGGCCUUUGGCACCAGCCAUGGCUUUGGCCUCUUCGACCACCAGCAGCGGCGGCAGGUCUUUGUCAAGUGCACACUGCACCCCGGUGACCAGCUGGCCUUGGAGGGCCCCCUGUCCCGCGUGAAGUCCCUGAAGAAGUCGCUGCGUCAGUCGUUCCGCAGGAUGCGCCGAAGCAGGGUGUCCAGCCGGAAGCGGCAGCCCCCUGGCCUCCCUGGGGAGGGGCAGGAGGCAGGCGCCAAGGUGGAGCGGGCAGGCCUGCAGAACAUGGAGCUGGCACCCGUGCAGCGCAAGAUCGAGGCCCGCUCGGCCGAGGACUCCUUCACGGGCUUCGUCCGGACCCUCUACUUCGCCGACACCUACCUGAGAGACAGUUCCCGCCACUGCCCCUCGCUGUGGGCCGGCACCAAUGGCGGAACCGUCUAUGCCUUCUCCCUGCGCGUGCCCCCCGCAGAGCGGAGAAUGGACGAGCCAGUGCGGGCAGAGCAAGCCAAGGAGAUCCAGCUGAUGCACCGGGCACCUGUGGUGGGCAUCGUGGUGCUGGACGGACGCAGCGUCCCCCUUCCCGAGCCCCUGGAAGUGGCCCACGACCUGUCCAAGAGCCCAGACAUGCAGGGCAGCCACCAGCUGCUCGUCGUGUCUGAAGAGCAGUUCAAGGUGUUCACACUGCCCAAGGUGAGCGCCAAGCUGAAGCUGAAGCUGACCGCGCUGGAGGGCUCGCGGGUGCGGCGGGUCAGCGUGGCCCACUUCGGCAGCUGCCGGGCCGAGGGCUAUGGGGAGCACCACCUGGCCGUGCUCACCAACCUGGGCGACAUCCAGGUGGUCUCGCUGCCCCUGCUCAAGCCGCAGGUGCGCUACAGCUGCAUCCGCCGGGAGGACGUCAGCGGCAUCGCCUCCUGCGUCUUCACCAAGUACGGACAAGGUUUCUACCUGAUCUCACCCUCGGAGUUCGAGCGCUUCUCUCUCUCCACCAAGUGGCUGGUUGAGCCCCGGUGUCUGGUGGCCUUGGCGGAAAACAAGAAGCACAGGCCCCACCGCAACGGGGCAGGCCCCGAGAAGGCCUUGGGCCGAGCCAGGAACUCGGGGGGUCAGAGUGAUGGAGAAGAGAGGAGGCCUGGCCCCGUGAUGGAGCACGCGCUGCUCAAUGACGAGAGAGUCCUGAAGGAGAUCCAGAGCACACUGGAGGGAGGCCGAGGGAGCUAUGGUGAUUGGCAUUCUCGGAGAGUGGCCGUGGGGUACAGCCUCACCAAUGGAGGAGCCGAGUGAGGGCUGGCGUCCGUGCUGCACAGUGAACACGCACUACUGAGGGCUCCUCGGGGGCGCCCCCUCCCCGCUCGAGGCCAGGGCUGGGCCGCGCCCCGGGUUCUGCUCUGCUGCUGCUCCAGGCCUCGGUUGCAGGCCCUUCUGGGGCCACGUCUCUGGGGGGCCUGGUCUGUCUUGGUCCUUUAGUCAAUGUUGCACAUUUGUCAUUCUCCCGUUCCCUGUUUUUGUAGCGGGCUGGGUUUUAAAUUAUAAAGUUGAACUGCCUCUGGGUGAAAAAGAGUUUUUAAUAAACACCUUAUUACCUCUUCACUGGACUGGCCCACCGGCUUUAAUUUUGUAGCCGUAGAUGUUUUCCACGUAUGUGGAAAGGCCCAUGAGCCAGUGCCUUGUCUCCCCGUCAGGGCCCGUGCCCUGCAGCAGGAGGGUGCUCAGGAGAAGCUGGGUUUGAAGCCAUUUGAAUCCAAACAAACUGUUCUUGGUUGUGCCUGACACUACCACGCCUUCUGCUUUGGAAUAAAGGGCGAGAUUCAACCUUC